AUGAGAACAUAAAGUCCCUUAUUUUCUCCUAGCAGUGGUUCUAAGACUGCCAAUUUUUUAACUCCUUCUAGAAUUAAGCAUUCUUCUCAACAUUCCACUAUUGAAACUCCAAAUACAUCUCUUUAAAGAAACAUAAUUAAUUUAAAAUCUGGAAUUUCUCAUCAUUCUCCAUAACCAUUUGAUACAUCUAGAUAUUAAAUUAUAUCAAAUUAUUUUAACUAAAAAAUCAUAACUAAUAAUCAUAAUAGAAAUGAGAGUCCGUUAAAAAUACUUCUCAAAACUGGAUAUGAUUAUUAAGAGGAAAUAAAAUAGUUAAGAAGAGAAAAUUAAGAUUUGCAUUUAUUAGUGAAAAAAUAAAGAGAGUAAUUAUAAGAAGUUUAAAUGGAUUCUUAAUUAAUUGAAGAAAAUUAAAUGUUGAAAGAUAUUAUUCUAAAAUUACAAAAAGAAAAUGAUGAAUAUAAAAGAAAAUUAAAUAAGUGA